AUGAAGGUCGCCUACUUUACGCUCGGGCUGCUCGCUCUCGUCAGCCCCGUGCUCGGUGCCUGGAGCAAAGAAGACCGUGAAAUCUUCCGCAUCCGCGACGAAAUCUCCGCGCACGAGACAGACCAGGCGGCCACCUUCUACGACAUCCUCGGCAUCAAGCAGUCGGCCUCGAUCGACGACAUUACAAAGGCGUACCGCCUCAAGACGCGCUCGCUGCACCCGGACAAGGUCAAGCAGAACCUGCGGGCCGAGAGCAAGAAGAACCCCGGCCAAAAGGCGCCCACGCAGUCGCAGAUCAACGCCGCCGUCAAGCAGGCCUCGGCCGCCCAGGCCCGCCUCUCCCUCAUCGCCAACAUACUGCGCAGCGAGGGCCGUGACCGCUACGACCACUUCCUCGCCAACGGCUUCCCCCUCUGGAAGGGCACCGACUACUACUACAACCGCUACCGCCCCGGUAUCGGCACCGUUCUGACCGGCGUCUUCCUCCUCGGUGGCGGCCUCGUGCACUACAUCAUCCUCUACAUGGGCUGGAAGAAGCAAAAGGAGUUUGUCGAGCGCUACGUCAAGUUUGCCCGCGACACCGCCUGGGGCGCGGCGGGCGUCCCCGUCGUCGAGACCCCCGCCGUGCCCACGCCGCCCCCCGAGGACGAGGCCGAGGCCGAGGACGGUCCGCCCCAGCCCAUGAACCGCAAGCAGCGCCGCAUGCAGGAGAAGGACGCCAAGCGCGAGGGAGGCAAGAAGAGCCGCAAGGCCAAGGGCGCGAGCGCCAAUGCCUCGCGCGACGCGUCCCCUGGCCCUACCGGGCGCCGCAAGAGGGUUGUCGCCGAGAACGGCAAGAUCCUUGUCGUGGAUGAGCUGGGCGACGUCUACCUCGAGGACGAGGACGACGAGGGCAACGUGAACGAGUUCCUCCUUGACCCGAACGAGAUUGCCGUGCCAGGGUUCAAGGACACUGCCGUUGUCCGCCUGCCCCUCUGGCUCCUGCGCUCCACGUUUGGACGUCUGCUGCCGCAGUCUGCGCCCGUCAUCGAGGAGGAGAUUGUCGUCGAGGCGGACGAAUCGGACGAGCAGUCCGCGGCGCAACGCACGCCCAGCUCCGACUCGGACUUUGAGAUGCUGGACAAGAGCACUGACUCACUGGCCAGGGUGGCCAAAGCCACGGGCGCGCAGUCGGGUGGCAAGGCCAGCAAGAGGAAGAACAAGAAGAGGUAA